AUGUUGGAGAGUGUUAGUUGGACUGUCGCCACAGAGCCAGUGGAAGAAACUAUUUUGGACAAUAAUCAGUUGGAUAUUGAGAGUGACGAUUCAAGUGAGUUCAGUGAACACAAUACCAACUCAGAGCUGUCCGAAGAAAAAAGUGUUAGCGAUGAUAAAUACAAAAAAAUCAAUUUCACUGGUCAACAUUGCUUCGUGGGUAAAGAUAAAGCCACCCAAUGGCUGGCUCAUGCAUCCUAA